AUGACUGACCAACGGGGUCGCCACUUUGGCUUCGUGAAUUUUGAGCAGCCCAAAGAUGCGAAAGAGUGUGUGCUUCACAUGCACCGCAAGGAUCUAAGAACUCGCAAGGAGCAGAAGGAGGCGAAAAAGCUGGAGGCGGAGGGGAAGGCCCCACCAGUCAAGCUGGAUGUUGACGGACACCCUGAGCAUCUUCUUUAUGUCAGCCGCGCCCAGAAGAAGGAAGAGAGGGAAGCAAUGUUCCAGAAGCAGCUUGCAGAAAAGGGACUUGUGAAAGGCGCGGCCAAAGGGACAGGCAAAGGGGAUGGCAGAGACCGAGAGAAUUUCUAUGAAGGAAAGGGAGGAACGUCCACAAUGGCCGCUUUGCAAGCGCACGGGACUUCGGGCCAUGACGUGCCAAGCUACACAACUUCAACUGGUGGCUGGCAAGGCGCCACGCAAUAUCCACACUAUGGGAAUGGAAGCUUUGCCGGCGGGAAUGGCAGCCCAGGCCCAGGCACAUGGUCUGGUGAAGCCUGGCAGGUUCCCAACUGGACCGGUGGCGACAACUACGGCUGGGAGCGAAGCUAUGGCUGGGACAACUGGGCGUCAAGUCUGGCUUUGGAGUUGGACUGCGGCAGUGGCAGCUUUGACUCGCAGGCACGUGAGGCAGGGACUGUGCCGGUGCUGGGUCCGGUGGCCAGGCUGGCAACACCGCUGCAGCAGCGGCAUCACGGGGAUGCGGGAACAAAAGCAGCAUGGAAAGCGCUUGGAAGCUCUCGCCCGUUCAAUUUCACCUUGUGUUGGGGCUUGCCACGCAGGGCCCGCGACCCUCAGCCAUUCAACCACGCAGGCAGGCUGGGGCCCCACACCACGCAGUCGCAGAGCCGCUCACUAGGUGACACCAACACUUCCAACAUGCUGGGUUCCACGAUGAAUUCCAACCUGGGCUCCACCAUGGGGUCCAUGGGCGAAGCCCAGCCAUCACCACGGAAAAGCGCAAGCCCAGCGAACGGGAGAGGAGGCGUCCGCAAGUCGUCCGCGCAGCAGGGGCCGUACGGCAGAGGGGGCGCCAGAUCGACAGGCGGAAGAGAUGCCGGCUAUUUCAAGCAGAGGAUGAAGUUGCUUCUGAAAGGUGCCGGCGGUCCCAUUGCACGAGCGCUAGGUGCACAAGGCCGUCAGUCACAGGCAGGUGCGGAGCUUCCUUCCCUUGCCGCGAGAGCAGAGGCCAUCGAGGCCAAGUGCUCCCCGGAGGUGCGGGAGGCCUUCCGGUGCAAGCCCCCGGAGCGCUGCGGCUGCGCCACCAUCCAGGCUGUGUGGUCAGCCUGCGACACCUUCUGGGAGUUUGACCAUGCCCAUUCGGGCGCGAUCACCCGCGAGGCCUACAUCAACCUUAUGCGAGAGUGCGCGACGGUUAACACGCUGCGCAUGCUGCGGCGUGCAAGGUUGGAGUUCCGCUUCCGGCGCAGCGCUGCGCCGGUUCAUUUGGAGGAGUUUCUUCUCAUGCUUUGGCCGAAGGCUAUGGAGGAGGACAGGUUGCGGAUGAUGCGCUGGGCCGAGCUUCGGGAGUGCUUCGAUAUCGUCUCGCACAACUUUGGGGCCUCCGACCAAGAUCUGGAGAAGCUUUUUCGGUUGCUUGGUUCCAGGAGCAAUGAGGGCAAAGUGGUGGCCAGUGACUUGAGCCGGUCGUCCGUCCUGCCCGGUGAUGUGGUGGCUGGCUUUGCAAAGGAGAGGCACCCAAAGGAGGUCCUUUUUGACUCCGAGGAGUUCAAGUCCAUUGUGUGGCCCAAGCUCAAGGAGAGAUGGAUGAAUCAAGAAACCAUGAAGAAGCAGAAGACUGUGGAGGAGAAGGAGCCUUUGCGUGUUCGGAUACAGCGGCAAACUGAGUCAGACCACGCAGGUUGA